AUGGCCAAAGACACUGCGCUGCACUUGCCGCUGGGGCUGGAGUCGGUAGGGUGGGUUCUUGGGCUCCUGACAACCAGCAUACUCUACCUCUUCUGGUCGCCAAAGUCCCAGAUCCCCCGGCCUCCAGUGGUGAAUAAAUAUUGGUGGGAUUUCUUUCAGAUCAAGGCAAAGCGUGACUUCGAUGCCCGGGCGGAGGACUUGAUCAAGCUCGGGCUUUCCAAGGCAAGGGCCAAAAGCACGGAGAGAGGCGUCGAUGAUACUGGGCAGUCCUCGCUAACAGCUACAGUCGCCUCUUGCGUUUGA